AUGCUCCGGAAACUUAUCCCCCGCUUUUGCGGCAUGAUCAAGGAGACUAAACUAUUUUUCGAAGAGUACGAGAACAACACCACUUUCAAGAAGGUCUUCGAUUACUCCUCGGAAACGUUGAAGCUGAACACCGAACUGUCCAUCAACACCACCGUCAACGAGUUCCUAGACAACGUGGAUCGUCUGUUCUACCAGCGCAAGUUCCACUUUGAUCAAGGAGCUGCUCACCAGACCCUGCUGAACGCUGCCGGAAUCGCUGAGGACUCCGAAUGGGACCUGAAGCAUAUGUUUACGUGGAAGAGCAUCCGCGCUGACGUUCAAUAUUGUGACGAGACCGAUGAUACCGUGAUGAUCGAGCUCUGCGUGCCGACGAUGAUGGACAAGAUUUCGGGAGAUGUUUAUGAGAUGCUCGACAAGGGCGAGUUCACCACCUCCAGCAACGGUACCAUCGAGUACAGCUACAUGGACAUCCCCGCUACCGCUAUCCAGACCUCCAAUGCCGGAUACGUCGGAAUUGAUGAACGUUACUGCAAGGAGAUUUUUGACACUGGCCUCCUCUGCAAGGCCACCGGACUCGCCGAAUGCCAGCCGAUCGGCUUCAAGGGGUGCAACUCGCAGGAACUUAUCAACGCCACCAUCGUCGGAACCAACCAGACCUUGGCCCUCGACAAGAACAUCUUCCUUCUCGUCGUCGGACGUGGAAAACAAGUCCAAAUCGGCAAGACUACGUUCGACAACCUUGAUGCUGACAUCACGACUACUGAGAUCAUCAACAUUGAAGAGUUGACGAAGGUGGCCGAGCAGAUUGGGUCACAAGAC